UUAUACAGGUGUUUAUUUAAAAUCAGUUCAUUUGAUUAUUUAAAUUUUGAAAGAUUUUUGAUUGAAAUGGCUGCGCUAGACAAUCAUCUUUUUAACCUUCGUUUUGCUGCUAAAGAGCUUUCCAGGAAUGCCAAGAAGUGCGAAAAAAUGGAAAAGGAGGAAAAGUUGAAAUUGACAAAUGCAUUAAAGAAAGGGAAUAGGGAAGUGGCACAAGUACAUGCGGAAAACGCUAUUCGCAAGAAGAAUGAGUCGCUGAAUUAUUUGCGCAUGUCCGCGAGGAUUGACGCUGUUGCUGCUCGAGUUCAAACUGCUGCAACGCAAAAACGGGUUACUACAAGUAUGCAAGGAGUUGUAAAGGCAAUGGAAUCUGCAAUGAAAUCGAUGAAUUUAGAAAAAGUUCAGAAUCUUAUGGACCGAUUUGAGAAAGAUUUUGAGGACCUUGAUGUCCAGUCUGCAACUAUGGAAGGGUCGAUGAGCGCGACGACAACUCUUAACGCUCCUCAGCAUGAAGUUGAUUCACUCAUUCAGGAAGCGGCCGACAAAGCAGGAUUAGAGCUUGGAAUGGAAAUGCCAGCAGCCCAAGUGGAAGCACCUGGAAGUGCAAAAGCUUCUGUAGCAGACAACGACGAAUUAUCAAAACGCUUGGCAGCGCUUCGUCAAAAUUAA